GCCAAGUUCUUUUCAACGAGGCAAAAUGGUGUCUUUAGAUAAAAUUUCUAAUUCUGUAGUUUCUCCAAAAGGGUGUCUCUUUCUGUUACCCUAAAGCUAAAGCACACUCACUUUUAUCUAUCUAACUAUAUCUAUAUCUAUAUAUAUGUAUAUGCUCUUUCUUUCAGGAUUAUACCUUCUCUCCACUACUGUUAUCAUUGGAAGAAUGGAAGAAGUAAAGGUGUCAGCAGAAAAUAAGCAGAAAAGAAGGUUCCAAAGAAUAUGUGUCUUCUGUGGAAGUAGAGUGGGAUAUAGGUCUUCAUUCAGUGAUGCAGCCCUUGUGCUUGGUGAAUUGCUGGUUGAAAGGAAGAUUGAUUUGGUUUAUGGAGGAGGAAGAUUAGGACUAAUGGGUUUGAUCUCUGAAACUGUGCAAAAGGGAGGUGGUCAUGUUCUUGGUGUGAUUCCUAAAGCUCUGCUUCCUCGUGAGAUUUCUGGGGAAACUUUUGGAGAAGUGAAAACAGUUGCAAAUAUGCAUGAAAGGAAGUCAGUGAUGGCUAAACAUUCUGAUGCGUUCAUUGCUCUUCCUGGAGGCUAUGGAACCAUGGAAGAGUUGCUGGAGGUGAUAGCCUGGUCCCAACUAGGGAUACAUGAUAAACCAGUGGGUUUGUUGAAUGUAGAUGGGUAUUUCAACAGCUUGUUGACCUUAUUUGACAAGGGAGUGGAAGAGGGUUUUAUAGACAACUCUGCAAGGCAUAUUGUAGUCAUAGCAGACACAGCAGAAGAACUGAUAAAGAAAAUGGAGGAAUAUGUUCCCAACCAUCAGAAGGUUGCAUCAAGACAAAGUUGGGAAACUGGGGAGGUGCUAUGAUCUUAGAUGUUCAUCAUCAAUUUGCAUAAAGAACGUGUAGUCCCAUUUACUUUCAACAACAAAAAAUGAAGCAAAAGUACUAUCUCUAGCGUGGAAAUCUAAAGAUUCUACAUCAUUAAGCAUGAAACGUGCAUGUUCAAAAUCCAUUGAAUAAUACUAAAUUUAGUGAACUUUGAAUAUUUCCCUGAAAGAUCCAUUGACUCCAUCAUUAAAUUGCAUGUAUUGUUUAUGAUUAUUUUUGACGGACCCCAUCGUCCACUUGGUCCCUGGUUUUUAUUUAGAAGAGAAAAUUGGUGGUUGGAGUGCGAUGUGUGAAUUGAAGCAUUCCUCUUGCUCCUUCCGUUUGUAGACCGGUCCCAUUAUAAAAGUGACACUUUUGUUUGUUUUUUA